GAGAAAAUUCCCCCGGCUCUCGUUUCUUGGGCCUCUCUCUCUACCUUGUAACAAAACAUUAAAUGUUUUUGUCAUGAUGUGAGGACACCAAAAAGCAUUGAAGAGCAUCAUUCUUUUCACUCCAACAAGUACACUGUAUUGGCUUCGACCGUUCAUGGACACUGUAAUAAACCAUGAAUGGAGGCAUAGGUGACCACAGAUAGAAAAAAAUACUUUGAUUGAAAAUCUCAUGUCAAAACAGCUCAGAAAACCAGCAGGUGGAAAAGCUAAUUGUGCAGGUGGAGCCCACCAUACUGUUUGUUGAGCGCUGUGAGUUCCCCCAUCUAAGACAUCCAUUUUCUAUAUUAUCACUUGUCCUCAUUAGGUUCGCUGGUGAAUUUUACCCCAUCCCAGCCGACUCUUGAGUUGGUGACCAGUCAAUCGCACUGAAUGGAAAUGAAACUCGCAGUUUGCACCAAAUUCGGCCGAGUGAACGUUACGCCGUCGGCGCCUCCAAAUUUCUUCUUGUGGAGAUUUCUGAGUCCAUUGUUGAGGAUCAAGGCGGUUGAACCAACAUGGGAAUGUGGUUUUAAGGCAUUCCAGUGAGCACUGUGGCUGGCUCAUCUUGCCAAAAUGGCACUAAUCCCCCCCACCUCGCCCGGGAGAGCCCCACCCCUUAAAUUGUUGAAUCACAUUCACUUUAACCGAUGCUACAAAGUACAUCAAAUGCAGUCAUGGCUCACAAUGUUAAUCAGUCUACAUCGUAUCCUCUCCCGAAAGAACACAUCGCAUUUUGUUCAUCCUCUAAAAUAAAACCCGCCUGUGUAUCACUCUCCAUUGAGCACGCUUGACAAAAACCCUCCUAUAUGGCACUUUCAGAUGUACUCUCGGCUCUCUCCUGACACGCUGUUGCUUCCGCUGAUCGGCCUCACGUUCCUCUUCCUCCCCGCGGCGCACCCUGCAAAAUGCCCGAAGGAGUGUGUGUGCGACCAGAUCCAGCUCACCGUCACCUGCGUCAACAAGAACCUGACUGAGGUUCCUCCCACUGUGGACGAGAUAACAGUGAAAUUGGACCUUCGAGGGAACGACAUCCAGGAACUCCCCACCGGAGCUUUCAGACAAACCCCGUACCUCACUCACCUGUCUCUGCAGCGCUGCAACAUCCGUAGGGUGAAGGAGGGAGCGUUCCGAGGCCUCGGCCGCCUGGUCUUCCUCAACCUGGCAAGCAACAACAUUGACAUCCUCUACCAGGAGUCCUUCGACGGUCUAUCUUCGCUGAAGCAGCUCAUGAUUGACCGGAACCGCGUUGAGGAGAUCCAGCCCGGAGCGUUUUCGCAGCUCGGCUUCCUCAACCUGCUCUCGCUUACGCACAACCAGCUCGUCUACAUCCCAAACAUGGCCUUCCAGGGCUUGCAGAACAUCAAGUGGCUUCGCCUCAGUCACAACUCUCUCAACUACUUGGACAUCGAAGCCUUUGCGGGCUUGUUCACGCUGAACCGGCUCAGUCUGGACCACAAUGAGCUGCAGUUUUUCCCAACUGAGACCAUGACCAGAUUGCCAGGAGUGACCCGCCUGGACAUGAGUUACAACCCCAUGACGUACCUGGGUGAGGAGUCCGUAUCGAUGGCCAAGCUGAGUCACCUCUUCCUGGACCACAUGUCCCUCCAGGACCUGGCCAACACGGCCGUAUCCAAGUCCCCCGGCCUCACCCACUUGGAUCUCAGCUUCAAUCAGCUCCGUGUCAUCCAACCGUUCUCGGACGGCACCCCGGAUCUGGCACGCCUCCACCUGGCCGGAAACCCCAUUUACUGUAACUGCUACAUGCGUCCACUCAGAGAGUGGGCCAUCCGUAGUAAGGUGAAGCUGGUGGGAACAUGCGCGGGACCGUCACAUCUCUCCGGAGAAAUGCUCGAGGCCGUUCACCCUCCGGAGUUACGCUGUCAGACUCACGAGGCCAUGCUGAAGGCGGAGUUUAAGGAAGCAAAUCGAAGAGCGCCGCCACCCACCGAGGAGCCGGAGAGCAAAGUCAAAUGUCCCGCAAACUGCGUCUGUGAGAUCGAGGCGCACCAUUCCUCCUGUGAGAACCGCGGUCACACCAAAGUUCCUCGGGGUUUCUCUCCGGACACGCGCCUACUGGACCUGCGCGGCAACAACUUCCACUACAUCCCGAGCAACAGCUUCCCCGGCGUCACCCAGGUGGUGUCACUGCACUUGCAGCGCUGCAAAAUCGUGGAGGUGGAGAACGGAGCCUUCAAUGGCAUGAAGGGGCUCAUUUACUUGUACCUCUCGGAAAAUCUCAUCUCAUCCCUCAGCCCCGAAGCAUUUCAAGGACUCCCUCAGCUGACUUACCUCCACCUGGAGAAGAACAGCUUCAGCGUCUUCCCAAAAGGAGCCUUCAAAUUGCUUCCGGGACUACUUGCACUUCAUUUGGAAAACAACUCCAUUGCCAAGCUUGAGGCGAACGCCCUUAAUGGCGCCGAGAGCCUCAGAGCCCUCUACCUCACCGGGAACGCCGUUGACCACGUGUCACCAAAGGCUCUGGAGCAGGCCGCUGACCUCGAUACGCUCCACCUGGCAGGGAACAAACUGAAGGAAGUGCCCACUGAAGCCUUGAGCAAGUUGGGGAACGUGAAGGACCUGAGGCUGUCAGGGAACGCCAUUCGCUGGGUGGGACCGAAUGCUUUCCAGCCAUUGGGGAACUCACUGAGGGAGCUUUAUUUGGAUAAUAUGGGAUUGGAGAAGAUGUCGCAGAGCUCCUUGGCAGGCUUAGGUUUGGGUUUGAGGAGUCUCUUCCUGGAGGGUAACCAACUGGAAGAGGUGCCGGACCUCCAUCCGUUCACCUCCUUGGAGGUCAUCAACCUGGCCGACAACCCUCUGAUGUGCGACUGCCCUCUGCUGCCACUGCGCCUCUGGAUUGAGAAAGUCAACCUCAAGGUGCGAGCCACCUGUGCCAACCCGCCUGAGCUGAAGGGUCGCAGAGUCAAAGACGUCCACGUUUUCAAGGCCUGUCCGGGAGGCGAAGCCCUCCCCUCUGUUCCCAGCGUUGCCCCGAAACGCGCCAAGACGCCAAAGGCCACGAAACCCAAGCCGACGCACCUCGGCGGCAGUGCAAAGCAGGGUAAGAUGCUGAAAAGCAAAUUCAAACUUCGCAAGAGUCCAAAGACGAAAGCAGCCAAGAAAACAAAGAGACUGAGCAAGGUGUGAACAUGCUGUGUGCUAACUAAACCAAAACUACGCGUUUCAAGUUUGCAGUCUGUUCUCAGAUGAAAACAAGCAGUCAGUCUUCAUAGCAUUAGAUGCACAUUCUCAAUGACGGCCAUGUUUUGUUUUUUCGUUAAACCUAAAUGAUCAGGAUUGUUAAUCAGGCUCCUUUAGAGGUUGCCGAUGAACUGAUCACUUGAAUCCAAUACGUUGGAGGAAGGAAAACAUGCAGGAUAGCGGCCCCGAAGACCGAAGUUUGACACCUGCGCUAGCAUUUGAAGUGGGCAUCAGUACAGAACUCACAAUUGGCCUGAUGCUGGCAAAACUGCACUGCGCAGAUUUGCAAAUACAUGUCGUCUCUCUGUGGGGUGCCUGCCCGCCCAUCAAGUGUGAAAUAAAACAUCCAAGUAAGUCUUCUGUUAUCUGCUUAUUUCGGAAAAUGUGUAUCUCCAAGUGAGCAGUACUGCACUUUCACUUUCGGCUGUUAGCGAAGAGCAGUGGCGAUCCAAGAUGGAAUGGCACACUGUGCAAGGCCCCUGCUUUCGCGCUCCCCCCACCACGACAGAUUUAAAAAAAUAAAUUACCGGUACACACAAGCACACACAAUUGAGUCAACCUCAUUUUCUUUAAAAAUGUAUUGAAUUAU